AGAAACAUGCAGCGGUUUCAUUACACUCCUCCGCUCUCAUUUCUUUUUUUAACUCCUCAUUUGUGCGUUCACUUGUUUGAUAUGUCUAUGUUUAUCACACACACACAGACACACACACAGACACAGACACAGACACACACACACACACACACACACACUUGCACUCACAGUCUCCCUAAUUGAGGACAGACAUUUCAGUGCUGCUGAAGAUCGUGUGUGUGUGUGUGUGUGUGUAUAGCUCUCAGCUGGGCAGAGAGAGAGGGAGAGAGAGAGAGAGAUAGAGAGAGAGAGAGAGAGAGAGAGAGAGAGAGAGGCAAACAGAAAAAGAGAGAGAGAGGCAAACAGAAAGAGAGACAGAGAGAGAGAGAGAGAGAGAGGCAAACAGAAAGAGAGAGAGAGAGAGAGAGAGAGAGAGGCAAACAGAAAGAGAGAGAGAGAGAGAGAGAGAGAGGCAAACAGAAAGAGAGAGAGAGAGAGAGAGAGAGAGGUGUGUGGUGUGUUUUAGUGGAGAUGCAGCUCGACUCUCAUCAGUGAUACUGAGUGUGUGCAGUGUGUGUGAACUUCCUGAAAAAGUAGAAGGAUGGACAGAAGGGUGACUGGAGGAAGAGGAGGGCUGAAGAAGAGCACACACAUCAUCCCCUGCUUCUUGUUUGUGGAGCUGGUCAUCAUGUCGGCCGUGGUGUUGUUGGCGUAUUAUUUUGAGUACACGGACACGUUCCCUGUCCACCUGCGAGGCUUCUUCUGCUUCGACCGGACCUUCUCUCGCCCGUACCCUGGACCCGAGGAGUCCAGUCGAGCUCCGCCCGCACUCGUCUACUCGCUCGUCACCGCCAUUCCCACUGUCACAAUCCUGAUCGGUGAGUUGGCAGCGUUUUUCUCGAAGCCUGAGUUUCCUCAGGAGAAAACAAUCGUCACUGCAGACUGCUGUUAUUUCAGCCCCAUGCUGCGCCGCAUCGUCCGAUUCCUGGGCAUUUACUCCUUUGGCCUUUUCGUCACCACUAUCUUCGCCAACGCGGGUCAGGUGGUGACAGGAAGUCAGACACCUCACUUCCUGUCCGUGUGUCGUCCAAACUACACAGCGCUGGGCUGCCGGUCUCCGAUGCAGUACAUCAGUGAGAAGAGGGCGUGUCGGGGGAAUCCCUCCAUCAUCACCUCCGCCCGCAAGUCCUUCCCUUCUAAAGACACUGCGCUGAGCACCUACUGUGCCGUGUACACCGCUAUGUACAUCACCUUGGCAUGUAAGACUAAAGGUACGCGUUUAGCCACACCCACUCUGAGCCUCGCUGUCAUCUCACUGGCUGUCAUGGUGGGCGUGGUCAGAGUGGCAGAGUACCGGAACCACUGGUCUGAUGUUCUGGCAGGUUUCGUCACAGGAGGCGCUAUUGCAUCGUUUCUGGUGACGUGUGUGAUUAAUAAUUUCCAACAGAAGUUGCCCCCUGCACCUCUACCCGUUCUACCCCCUCCACCUCCACCUCCACCUCCACCUGAACUGCCCCCCAUCACCAUGCCCAGUGUAGAGAGUCCACUCGAAAAGUUAAGUGACCUUCAGGUUUCAAGCGCUUCGUUCUCAGGUGUCACAUGAUGAUCAGCGUUAUUUACUCUCCGCCCCUCCUGAUGUUCUCGUCCAAUCCCGUCGCCCCCUUACAAGUGCAGUGUAAACCUCCACCCACCUAUGACUCUGCCUGUACAAAGCCCCGCCCAAGCCCCGCCUCCCCAUAUCAUAUCAUAUACAUGCAUAUCAUUAGUGAUUACAGCAUGACUCCCCUUUAAAAUCAGACAAUCAAUAGCGCACUUUAGCUCACUGAGUCUCACAGAGUGGACACACUAGUGCACUAAAAGUGACCUAGUGCACUACGGAGUACAAGAUUUGAGACGGGCCCUUAAUCUGAAAUCAUACAGCCAAGUGUUAGGAUUAGAAAUAAGUAUUUACACUUAUAAACUGCUUCACUCCUUAAUAUGAUGAUAAAGUGGACUCAACCAAGGGGAAGUGGGCAAGGGGAAGGGGACAAGGGGA